UGUGUGUCUGAGGGAGAGAGAGAGCGAGAGUGAGUGAGUGUGAGUGCUGGGUAGGGUGGUGGCCGUUACGUUCGGGGCAACGGCUACGGCAGUGGAGAAGUAAGAAGAGAAACAACGUCCGGCGCUUCCGCCUUCGCUUAGGAGGAGGAGGAGCUGGUGGGGAAAGGAAAGUGAUUCGCCCUGGGCCUGGACUAGACAGAGUCGGGCUGGUGGGGGUCUGGGCUAUGAGCCUUUGAGGGUCGCUUGGGACGCGGAGCGAGACACGAGAGCCGAGAGGUAUGUCUCAGCCGCCGCCGCCGCCUCCGCUGCCGCCGCCACCUCCUCCCCCUGAGGCUCCGCAGACUCCGCCGUCCCUGGCGGCGGCGGCUCCUCCGGGGGGGCUCUCGAAACGAAGGGACCGGAGAAUCCUCUCCGGGAGCUGCCCGGAUCCGAAGUGCCAGGCGCGUCUGUUCUUCCCGGCCUCCGGUUCUGUCAGCAUCGAGUGUACCGAGUGCGGACAGCGGCACGAGCAGCAACAGCUGCUGGGGGUGGAGGAGGUGACCGACCCGGACGUAGUGCUACACAACCUGCUGCGGAACGCGCUGCUCGGGGUGACAGGGGCACCCAAGAAGAACACGGAACUGGUAAAGGUGAUGGGCCUUUCUAACUACCACUGCAAAUUGUUGUCGCCCAUAUUAGCUCGCUAUGGAAUGGAUAAACAGACAGGCAGGGCUAAGCUUCUCCGGGACAUGAACCAGGGUGAACUGUUUGAUUGCGCUUUACUAGGUGACCGCGCCUUCCUCAUCGAACCAGAGCAUGUUAACACGGUGGGCUAUGGCAAGGACCGCUCCGGAAGCCUCCUGUAUUUGCAUGACACUCUUGAGGACAUCAAGCGGGCCAAUAAAAGUCAGGAAUGCCUCAUUCCAGUUCAUGUGGACGGGGAUGGACACUGCUUGGUGCAUGCUGUGUCCCGGGCUCUAGUAGGCCGGGAGCUCUUCUGGCAUGCCUUGAGAGAGAAUCUUAAGCAACAUUUUCAGCAGCACCUGGCCCAGUAUCAAGCUCUGUUCCAUGACUUCAUUGAUGCCGCUGAAUGGGAGGACAUUAUCAAUGAGUGUGACCCUCUGUUUGUACCACCUGAAGGUGUUCCCUUGGGCUUGAGGAACAUCCACAUAUUUGGCCUUGCCAAUGUAUUACAUCGCCCUAUUAUUCUGCUAGAUUCUCUCAGUGGCAUGAGAAGCUCUGGUGAUUAUUCAGCCACCUUUCUGCCUGGGCUCAUCCCUGCAGAGAAGUGCACAGGGAGAGAUGGUCAUUUGAACAAACCAAUCUGUAUUGCAUGGAGUAGCUCUGGUAGAAACCAUUAUAUCCCCUUGGUAGGCAUAAAAGGGGCUGCAUUGCCCAAAUUGCCUAUGAAUUUGCUGCCGAAAGCGUGGGGUGUGCCUCAGGACCUUAUUAAAAAGUACAUAAAACUUGAGGAGGAUGGUGGUUGUGUUAUUGGAGGAGACAGAAGUUUGCAGGAUAAAUACUUACUUAGGCUUGUUGCUGCUAUGGAAGAAGUCUUUAUGGACAAACAUGGUAUCCAUCCUAGUUUGGUUGCUGAUGUCCAUCAGUAUUUCUACAGGAGGACUGGGGUGAUAGGAGUUCAGCCUGAAGAAGUCACAGCAGCUGCUAAAAAAGCAGUAAUGGAUAAUCGCCUUCACAAAUGUUUGCUCUGUGGUGCCCUUUCUGAACUUCAUGUUCCUCCAGAGUGGUUGGCUCCAGGAGGGAAACUGUAUAACCUGGCAAAAAGUACUCAUGGACAGCUGAGGCCUGACAAAAAUUAUAGCUUUCCCUUGAACAAUUUAGUUUGCUCAUAUGAUUCAGUGAAAGAUGUUCUGGUACCAGACUACGGAUUGAGUAACCUGACAGCUUGUAAUUGGUGCCAUGGCACAUCUGUGCGAAGGGUCAGAGGAGAUGGGUCUAUUGUGUAUUUGGAUGGGGACAGAACUAAUUCUAGGUCCACUGGUGGCAAAUGUGGUUGUGGAUUCAAACAUUUUUGGGAUGGUAAAGAGUAUGACAAUCUACCAGAAGCUUUUCCUAUUACUUUGGAAUGGGGUGGAAGAGUGGUCAGAGAAACAGUAUAUUGGUUCCAGUAUGAGAGUGAUUCAUCUUUGAAUAGUAAUGUUUAUGAUGUUGCAAUGAAACUUGUUACCAAGCACUUUCCAGGUGAAUUUGGGAGUGAAAUCCUGGUUCAGAAAGUUGUCCACACUAUAUUGCAUCAGACUGCCAAAAAGAAUCCUGAUGAUUAUACUCCUGUAAAUAUAGAUGGUGCUCAUGCCCAAAGAGUCGGAGAUGUACAAGGACAAGAGCCGGAGUCUCAGCUCCCAACUAAAAUUAUUCUUACUGGACAGAAAACAAAAACUUUGCACAAGGAGGAGUUAAACAUGAGUAAAACUGAGAGAACUAUUCAACAGAAUAUUACGGAACAGGCUGCUGUAAUGCAGAAACGGAAAACAGAGAAGUUAAAACAAGAACAAAAAGGGCAGCCUAGGACUGUUUCUCCUAGUACCAUUCGUGAUGGCCCAUCCUCUGCACCUGCUACGCCUACCAAGGCUCCCUAUUCACCAACGACUUCUAAGGAGAAAAAGAUCCGAAUAACAACUAAUGAUGGACGACAGUCCAUGGUUACACUUAAGUCUUCAACGACCUUUUUUGAACUUCAGGAAAGCAUAGCCAGAGAAUUUAACAUUCCUCCAUAUUUACAGUGUAUUCGAUAUGGCUUUCCUCCUAAAGAGUUAAUGCCACCCCAGGCAGGAAUGGAAAAGGAGCCAGUUCCUUUACAGCAUGGUGACAGAAUUACAAUAGAAAUUCUAAAAAGUAAAGCGGAAGGUGGUCAGUCGGCUGCAGCACACUCGGCCCACACUGUGAAACAAGAAGAGAUUGCCGUUACUGGUAAACUAUCUAAGGAACUUCAGGAGCAAGCUGACAAAGAAAUGUACUCCUUAUGUCUUUUAGCAACAUUAAUGGGAGAAGACGUAUGGUCUUAUGCAAAGGGGCUUCCUCACAUGUUCCAGCAGGGUGGAGUAUUCUACAAUAUUAUGAAGAAAACUAUGGGUAUGGCUGAUGGCAAGCAUUGUACUUUUCCACACCUGCCUGGAAAAACCUUUGUCUAUAAUGCUUCUGAAGAUAGACUGGAAUUGUGUGUGGAUGCUGCAGGACAUUUCCCCAUCGGUCCUGAUGUUGAAGAUUUAGUUAAAGAGGCUGUAAGUCAGGUUCGAGCAGAGGCUACUACAAGAAGUAGAGAAUCAAGUCCCUCACAUGGGCUAUUAAAACUAGGUAGUGGUGGAGUAGUGAAAAAGAAAUCUGAGCAGCUUCAUAAUGUAACUGCCUUUCAGGGAAAAGGGCAUUCUCUAGGAACUGCAUCUAGUAACCCACACCUUGAUUCAAGAGCUAGGGAAGCCCCAGUUGUAAGGAAGCAUAACACAGGGACAGAUUUUAGUAAUAGUUCCAUUAAAAUAGAGCCUUCUGUAUUCACAACUGCUCCUAGUAAUAGUGAGCUUAUUCGAAUAGCUCCUGGAGUAGUUACAAUGAGAGACAGCAGGCAGCUUGAUCCUGAUUUGGUUGAGGCCCAGCGAAAAAAAUUGCAGGAAAUGGUUUCUUCUAUCCAGGCUUCGAUGGACAAGCAUUUGCGGGAUCAAAGUACAGAGCAGUCUCCGUCUGAUCUUCCUCAAAGGAAAGUAGAAGUUGUGAGUUCUUCUGUGAAGUCUGGGAGUCUUCAGACUGGCUUACCUGAAUCUUUUUCUUUAACUGGUGGCACUGAAAAUUUGAAUACAGAAACAACUGAUAGCUGUGUGGCAGAGGCACUGGGAGCAGCAUUUGCCACAAGGUCAAAAGCACAAAAGGGAAAUUCAGUGGAGGAGCCUGAAGAGAUGGAUAGUCAAGAUGCUGAGAUGACAAACACAACUGAGCCAAUGGAUCACUCUUGAUUUAAUUAGAGGCUAAUAAAGGCAGAAUGUUUAUUGUGAAUAUGUAACAUUUGUUGGCUGGGCCACAUAACUUGAUUAGUCAUAAAAAAUCUUGUACGUAUAUAAUUCAAAGAUUAUAUCUUGUUAUUCAGUGCAUGACAGCAAGUGUGUGAUUGGCAAUAGCUUUUAAUAUACUGCUGCCCAGGCUGGCUCUGAAUUCCUAUAAAUUAGUUGUUAGAUCUGCUGAGCUGAGUUUCUUCCAUAUAUGUGGUUCAUUGGAAGUUUUUUGUAAUUUUAAUUCCAUGAAAGUCUUAAUGUUUCAAACAUGAAAAUUAUCUUGCUAAUGUUUGAUUUUCUGAAAAGGCUAGAACUGGGGGGGAUGAGAUUUUGCUAAUAUUGAUGUCAUCAAGGUAACCAUUCCACAUAUUUAUUAGAGUGUCAAAAGAUUUAUGUAAAUUUGAAGGUUAUCAGAACUAAAUUGUAUCUUAAAAUUCAUAGAAGGAUUUAUUAGAUACUGGGAUCCUGACAUUUCCGUGAACGUAAACACAUUCAUAGAGAUUUGUAUUCUUGGUGAAAAUAUCUUGAGAAUAGAGUAUAAUGAUAUAACAUUUUGCUGAUUUGAGCAAGGCUGGGGGAAAAUAUCUAUUCUAGAAUGAUAAAGUCAAUGUGAUUCAGUAAUGUUGCUGUCUGAGCCAACACAGCCAAUUGUGUGCUCUGUUGUUAAUAAUAUGUUACCAUUAUUUUUUUAAUCCUGGCCUGGUCAAGUACCACUGAAUUUUUUUUCUUUAAUCUUGCAGAAAAGUUGAUUGCAAAGUGUGGUAGAAAAUAUAAAAAUAAUGGUAGCAGUAAUUAAUCUCUAAUUUUCAGAGUCUGUCAGAUUCACAGAGAAUUUAUAUGUAAGAAUUUAUCUUUAUGAAUGAGUUACAUUGUUCUACAGUUUUGAUCAAUGGUAUUUAAGCUUGUAUAUGCUAAGUGUCUUUGAGCCCCUUUGAACCAAAAAUGUUUCCUUUUUCCUUAGCAUCCAUAAGACUUUCUUUAUCUGUUGGCUUCACUUGGAUUUGGAUGCAAAUUUUACUGCAUCAGACCCUAAUCAACUGGGCAUUUGCUUAAAUAGUGUAUUCAUCAAAUCUUUAGUGCCAGUUUCCUCAAAAAGCAGCUUUCAUGCUUAUUAUCUUAAAGACAAAGAAUGUUUAUCCUGAGAUUGGUAUUGCACUAUUUUAUCCUGUUCUGCAAAUCUGUAUUCUGAAAUGUACAUUUCAAUCCAUCUUUUUCCUUUGUUCACUGAAAUUAAGUUGAAUUUGAAUGGAUGAAAGAUAAAAUGUAUGUUAAUACAAUCUCUUAUCUAGAGCAUUCAAAGCCUGGCUGUCUCUGUUUGCACAUGUAACAGAUGCAGAACUGUGUUUGCAGUCUAAGAAAAUGUACUUCAGAAAGUAUAUUAUCAAGAGUUUCAAAAUUUCAAUCUGUUGAUUCAUAAGGAAUAUAGACAGUACUUUGACUUGUGUUUCCAAAGGAGGGAGGUUUUGGAUUUCUUUCUAUGAAAGUAUCUCUGACUUAAUCCACUUACUAAAUGAACUACUCCAUUUGAAUAAGGGAAGAAUGGAGAAUUUAGACAUUUUGCAGGUGAUAUCUGAGCAAGAUAUAUAUUUGGGUUAGUUUUAUCACAUUAUCACAUUUUAAACCAUAUUUUAUCUCGAUUCUUCUAAAUUUACUUUCAAUUAUCUUAAUAUCUAAAGAGCAGGAAAACUUAGGACUUUUAUAUUGUGCACUAGUUUUGCAUAAAGAACUGCAGCUACCAAAUAAUAUUUCUCAUUUAGUUAGCGUAGGUGGCUUCUGUGUAUUUAACUAAAAAUUACAAAUACCACUAACCACUAUAAUUAUUUUUGGCUUUUUCAGCCACUGAAACUGGCUUUUUCUUACUAAUUUAAAUACAGGAAUACUGUUUAACAAGCAAAUGCACUGCUUCCAGGUAAAUGAUAUAAUUACCUUUUCUUUAACAAAUAUUCUUCACCUGUGGCUUGGCCUGUUUCGUUAAUAACUGACAAAUAUACUCUCAUAGCAUAUAGUAAAUAUACCAAAUAAAUUUUAUCUUCCUAUUAAAUAUUUGCCUUUAGUCAAAGUAGAGUGCACUUGUGAACAUUAGGAGACGGGCUUUAAUCUCUGAUAACACUAUUAAUUUCUCUUGCCACAGCAAUGCUAUUUAGAAGCCAGUUAGGUAUGAAUAUUAUAAUAAUAGUUUGGGUUCUCCCUUGAUACAGAAUUAAAGGCUUGAUUUUGAGAAUGGUCAGAUUUCAUGAAAUUAUUUUAAAUCUGCUGAAAUUUGGUUGGGGUAAUAGUAGUUUUUGAAAAGUGGGCCAGGUAUCAUCUUCACAAAGAAUUUUUAGAAACAGUUUAAGUUCUUAAUUUUCAUCCUUUGUCCUUCCAUAUGGUUAUCAUAAGCAAAUACAUGACUAUAGAAUUCUUAUUUUGUACUACUGCCAUUUGUGAUUACCACAACUUUGAGUUCAAGCUAGCUAUCAUAAAUCAGUUAAAAUAUUUUUUUAGCCCUAGAUGUAACAUAACUAUAGCUCAAUCUUAUAAUUCUAUUUGUGAUGUUUCACUGAAACUUGAAAUAAAAUUCUAAAUUUUUUUCUUCAGUAAUCCAUUUUAUAGGUAAUCAUACCAAGUUUGAAUUGAUGACCCGAAGUCCAGGUAGAGUUGAAGGUGAUGUAUGUCUAGAAUAUUGGUAAUGAGAAACUGGUUGAAAUUGAAGAACACAAGACACUGCCAAAUAUUAUGAUCUAGAAUAUAAUGAACUCCAAGGGAAUGGUUAACUCAGGAACUAGUUAAAGAGCAAGCCCAUGGCCUAUUUUUUCCCCUUUCACUAUGUUUCAAGUAUUUUAUUGGAAAAUGUUAGGAUAAAGACCUGAGAAAUUUAGCCAAUGCUACUGACUGUGAAAUUUCCUUUAUAUCCUCUGAUGAUUUUUAGUUUGGUUUUUACAAUCAAGCCUACUGCUUGCAAUUAAGAUACAGAUCUGAAAUGCGUCUGUGAAUCCCAGCCACAGGUCCUUAUUGCCAUUAUUUUGAAGUAUCUAACUUGAUUUAAAAUGAGCAGACUUUUGAAUAUGGUCUCUUACCUCAGGGAAGAUCGCUUGCUAGCAACUCAUCUAUUACUAAUGACAGGUUUUUGAGGAUUGUACUGACAUCACGUGUUAGCUACUAAAUGCAAAAUUUAUAACAGUAUUAUUUUGUGUAGUUGCCUACUAAUACUGGCUGCUAGUGAACAUUUCUUUAAAAAUUUAGAACUUCCUAAUAACUAAUCUUUAUGUAUGAGAUAAACUCAUAACUUCUGUCAUUAAUUAUGCUUUGGCCAAUAUAGUGAUAAUAUCAUACUAUGUUUAUUUUAGAAUAUCAAUACAGUUUUGUUUUUAUUUUUCAACAGGAAUUUCAAUUGGCUCACACUUAAAAUAUUUCAGAGUAGAUUUUGAGAGUUUCAUGGUUCCCAAAACAAGGUUUCCAUAUUAAGAUUUUCAUAAAAGCCUUUGCAAAAUUGAAUUAAACUCCGCUCAGUAUGAAUUUUAAAUGAUCUUUUAUCACAGCAGUAGUGAGAUACAUACUCUAUGUAAGUUGGGUAGAUAUAUCCUACAGUUCAAGGUUAUUAUAUAAUUUAACAAAAUUGUACAUCCUCAAAGCUCUUCAUAAUUAAUAUAAGAAAUUAAUUUUCAAACCAGAACUACUCACUUGAAAACAUACCAUAGUGGAAUGUUUACUUAAAUAACAAAGAGGAGUUACUGUAAGAUAUAUAGUUAACUGUAAGUUCUGCCAUUCUUAAUAAUUCUUCGAGAUGCUAAGUGUUUCAAUUCAUAUUUAAUGAUAAUUAAAUCGUGGGAAUUUUAACAUUUGUUCCAAAAUAGCAGAAAUUGUAAAAAUUGUGAAUUAUUGGAGAAAAUGCCAUUACUUGUAUAUCUGACAUUUAAUUUUUUAAAUUAUGGAGUCUACAUGCUUUUGUAGUAUAAUAUUAAUACAAUGAUUAUUCUCUUGUAAAAGAAAAGGAAAACUAGUAAAAAAAAAGUUUUAGUUGAUGUUAUCUGCUUGUGAGUAUCAAUUACUUAGUAUUAAAAUUUGAAGGUAUUGCAUACUUUUCUUUAGAAUGCACAAGUCCCUUCCUGAGCCUUUAUGCCUAUGGUGGGGCAAUGAAAGACUGAAAAGGUUAUCAAUAUUUUCAGGUUUAUUGGACUUUAAGAAUUAGUGCCAAGAGCUGGAGAGUCUACCUUUUUGGAGGGAAAUACUCUUUACAAAAUGUAAAAAUAAGUGGUAAUGUAAAUAUUUAGAAAAAUUAUAUAGCAAGUGCUUUAACUGCUCAAUUAAAUAGUAUAAAUGUUCUAUCAUCCCUAAGGCACUGGCUGUUACCCAUUAUUUUCUGAUUUUGUCGUUGCUGUAUAUAUUACAUUUGAGUAAUAAAUAAUUGGUAAUAGUGUAUUAUAACUAUAUAGUGUUCUACAGCACACCUCACUGUACAGUAUUUGAAGUUUUCUUUUAUAUUAAUAAAACUAUAAGUUAAUACAUACUGAUUUUCCCCUCGACUUCUCCACAUUAGCUUUUUAAAAUAACUUUUAUUCUUGAGUUUUCUGGAAUUAUACUUUAAUAAUAUAAUGCAUGAAAAUAUAGUUUAGUUUUAUAAAGGAAUUCUUAAUGUAAUAAAGGUCUUUUUUAAACUUCCUUUAGUGGGACAUCAUAUAGCAACAGGAAUGUCUCCCCUUUACUGUGGUCUCAGUGUAAAUGAAAUGGACUCAAUUAGAAAAGAAUAAGUAAAAUUCCUUUAGACAUUUUACAUAAUUGGGUUAUGUAAUGCUUACUGAAUAUUUAAAGACAAAACAGACAUGUUCUAAUAGAGAACUUAGUUUUGUGCUGGUUUUUCAAAAAUACUGGUUAGAGAUAAUGGGAUGAAGGGAAAUACAGAAAAUAGUAAUAAUUUAACAUUUCUAUGGCUUAGCAAUCAACAUGACUUACACUAACUUUUAAGUUUUAAUACAUAUGCUUAAUAUCCAUUCUGUUAGAGUAGACUUAACUUAGAGCAGAGCCUCAGACACUAGACUCCAAGAACUGAGUCUUGGCACACUGCUUACUGUAUGAUCUGUCUGUGCUUCAGUUUCUUCUCUAGUAGGAUGAUGAGGACAUCUACUCCUGGGUUUGUUGUGAGGAUUAAAUGAGUUAGUAUUCAGUGAUUAGAACAGUGCCUGACAUACAGUAAACACUUAAAUGUUUACUAUUACUAUUAUUUACAUAUAAAAAUAAUUCAGUAGAGUUCAGUUGACAUUAAAACAGAUAAAUCAUCAUAUAUAGGGCACACAUUAUUUAAAUAAUUUGUUUUAUUAGGUUAAAACCCACUUUAUUUGUGAUAUGUAACCAAUGAGCUAAAAACAAUGUUCAAAUAUUUAUGCAAGAGCUUUUAUGACCACAUGCAAUACUGUAAAUCUGGAGAACUGACGUCUGUGCUCUGUGACUAACUUGUUCUGUGACCUAAGGCAAGUCAUAGAGCCUUUCAAGGCGUCUGUUUCUACUAUAACCUUUUGGUUCUUUAGUUGUUACCCCCUUGUUCUGCUAAUCAUGUCAUCAUGGGCACACUUAUUGUUUGCAUAGUGCUGAUGGGACAAAUGACAUUGGUGUGGGCUCCAAGUAAACGAAACAUAAUUAGCUUUGCUUUAUGCUUUGGCUAGCUACACUUGUCCCAAAAUUGGACUUGAGGUCUUGUACAUGUGUCCCACUGGUCACAUACCAUAUAGUUUGGAACUCUCAAAAACUUCAGUGAAUAAAAUAAGAUAAACAUUCUACUUAAGACAGUUCAGUAUGGAUUUUAUUUUUAUUGACUGGCUUUUUUAGACCCCAGUAACUGCAAUUAUGACUGCAUAGUUGAUUGUUUCUAAUCAUUAAAAAUGUAUACAGAAAAA